UGCAGCACAGUGAAGGCCAUAGCAGCUGUGAUAAAGUUUGUUGACCUGUGCAAAAGUCUCGCAAAUCGCGGUUUAUCGCACUUCCGGGUGUUGUGUAAAUUUGGGCAAUGAAGUUGCGGACUGACUGUUCAGGUACUCUAGCAUCGAUCAUUCCGCGACAUUGUUUAACACACACACACACACGCUCAGCCAAUUGAAGGAGGCAGACUUCGAAUCAGAAGAAGAAGAAAAAUUAGACAUCAUCAUAAGCCUUUACGUGGUGGAGAUUAAGAUUUGCGUAAAAGAUGGAGAAUAACGUCAACGAGGAGGUGAUGAAGGGGAAAGCAAGGCGGUUGAUAUUAUGGUGUCUUCCCCGUACGGGUUCGACAGCCUUGGCGAAGUGCCUUAGUUUUAUCGACGAGGACACCGAGAUGUGGUUCGAACCUUUCAACAUCUGUCGCAUGAUCAACAUCAUGGUCAAGAAAGACAUGGGUCAAGGCUUACCCAAAGAAUUCAAGGGAAACGAGAUGAUGUAUGAGGCGGUGGCUGCGGGCUUGAAAGACAAAUUGAAGAUCCCAUCAGCGACAAUUAAUCCGUCUCUCUUGUCAUAUGCAGGCGUCCAGAAAAGUAUUGAGGAAUCCGAAAGACGUACUGUCAUUGUCAAAGAGAUGGCGGUGGCGAGCUUUGAUUCCUAUAACUACUUUCCAAAGGGAUACAGGCACAUCUUACUGAUCAGGGAUCCGACUAGGGUGAUAUCAUCCUUCAGGAAGAUGGUCAUCGAACCGCGAGGCGAGGAAUUCGCCGAUGCCGACCUAGAGAAGGUACACCCGACAUACCCGACAUAUCACUGGUUCGGCGAGAUGCAUGCGUUGUGGAAGCACAUGACCAAAGACGGAGGCAACCCGUUGGUCAUCGACACUGAAGAUUUCUUGGCCAACCCAGCGCCCUUCCUCAAGAAGAUCUGUGAGGUAAUGGAGGUUGAGUAUCGUGACGGGCUCCUGAAAUGGGACGCAUCAAAAGACGUCAUCAAUAAGACCUGGAAAAACGGAUGCAUGGAAAUGUUUACUAGCGAUCGUGCGGUACAGUCACAGGUUUUCAAGAAGGCCUUUGAGAGCUCAGGAUUUGUAGAGACAAACCCGAAACCCCUUCCGCAAAACCUGACCAAAGAUUGCAUCCGCAUUAUCGGCCAGUGCGUGGAUUUCUACAACGAAAUGUAUCCACAUCGUUUUAUACCGGAAUAAAGUUAGAGCAGUCUUUCCAAUUUGGGCGUAUUUAGAAUUGUUUUUCUUCCUGAAAGACCUUCGUUUCUUAGGAGUAGGAAUGUCAAAAAAGGUAAUCCGAUAUUCGCUCUCGCGACAAUGUAAUAAUGAAAUUAAAAUUAAAAAGUCAGCUACAUCAAACAUGUAUAGAAAAGAAACACCACAAUAUAUUGAAUCAUUCAAAAGUGAUCUAGCAACAGAAGAAUGGUUGGACGUCUUACAUGAAUCAAAUGCAGAUAUUAUGGCAUACCAACAUUUUAAUAAAAAAUUACAGAUGUAUUAUGACAAAAAAAUUCCUCUAGUAUCAGCUAACAAGAAAAAUAAGCGUUGUGAAAUGCCAUGGAUAACAAAAGCAAUUCUACGAUCGAUACACACAAGGAACGCACUCUACUAUUCAUAACAAAAAUAAAUAUAAAACAUAUGUAUAAAAUCAUUCGAAAUUCUCGUAAAAUGUAAUAUUUCGAGAAACUUAAUAGAGUGAAAUCAAAUAUAAAAUUUACCUGGGAGAUUAUAAAUGAUUUGAUUGGAAAGAACCUCCCCCCAAAAAUAAAAAUAAAUAAAUAAAAAAAA